CGGCCCGGCCGUGUCGGGGGUCGCCGGUCGCUGUCGCGAUGAGGGCGGGGACGGUGCUGCGGCUCUGCGCGCGCCCGGGGCUCCGGUACCGGCAGGGGCAGCGGCCGGGGCCUGGAACCCGCGAGUAUUUUUAUUACGUGGAUCACCAGGGGCAGCUUUUCCUGGACGACACCAAAGUCAAGAACUUCAUCACCUGCUUCAAAGACGUUGGAUUCCUCUCCUUCUUCUUCAAGCAUCUGGAGCGGAACCGGAGCGGGCGUUACCAGGUGGAAUUCCCGUUCCUUUCCCGCUGCGGCCGGGAGCGGAAUUUCCUGCGCUGCGACGACGUUCCCGUGGUUUUCACUCAAAUCCUGCCCGGAUCCGGCGGGAAUUCCCUCCUUUCCUACUGCGGAGGCGGCUCCCAGCUGACGGUGCCGUUCCAGCCGGGAAUGCUGGCGGUAUUCCCGGAAAACGGGCGGCUUUACCACCCGGCUCCGGAAAAAGCCGGAGGGGUGGGAUUGGUGCGUUCGGCGCUGGCGGCCGAGUGGAGCUCGGAAUUCCGAUUUGAGGAAGGGCCGGAAAAGCCCCCGACGCAUUUCGUGUGGGAAGGGAGGAGGUAUCGGCUCUCCGGGGAAUUAUUGGGAAUUCUGCGGGCGGAAAAAUCGGGAUGGGAGGUUGAACCCGUCAAAUCCCGCGCGGAAUGAGGCGGAAUUCCCAGCGAUUCCCCAGGAAGCGGGAGAUUGCCAACCUAUUCCCAAGGAAUCGGAGCAUCCCGAAAUUCCGGGCAGCCGAACCCCGCGGAUUUCCUGUGAAAUCCCCGUGAAAUUCCCAUGAAAUUCCCGUGAAAUUCCCAUUAAAUUCCCGUGAAAUUCCCA